AUGGUGGUCUGUCAAAAGAAGCCGUCGUCCGCGUCGAAAUGCGAAACGCGAACUGAGAAGCAUACCUGCGAGACGACUCGGUGGACUCAAUGUUGGCAGAUGCUCAGCAAAAGCUGCGAUCACUCAAGGGGAGUCGUAGGUCGAGGCGAGCAGCGGAGGCAGAGGCAACGUCGCAUGAGCCUACAUAAUUCGGUGUCGUUGUUAGACCGUGUGAUUUCUCGCACGACAUCCGGCGGCUUGGCGGUGUUCUUCUGGCAAAUUCUGAGAAGCGAAAUGGCAGCGGCGUGCAUGAACCUGAGUGGAAAAGCUCCACCUGAGUGUGUUGUGCUUUCGGUUCGGAAGCUUGAUGAAGUCAAAGCCUGA